AUGAUAGAAAUAGAAGAACAGGAUAUUCUGUAUGAAACCCUAAGUCCGCUCGGCACUAGUUCUGCCGACACACCAACACCGCCGCCGCUGUCGGAUGAUGACGAACCGUUCGUUAUCUUACGAAGCGAGAUUUCGCUCUCCUCCGUUCAAUGCCCUUCUCCAGCAACAUUAGCUCAGGAUUACUUCUCUCUCGAGGUGAACGAUGCUAAGGAGACGAAAGAGACUCCACCACGUACUCCUUGUCCGCCGUCGCCUCCUCAGCUGCAGGAGGCUGCUACUGAGCGGGAGAGGACCCUGGAAGGAAAUUGGUUUCGUGCUAAUUGUCGCUACAAAAGCCCAAUGCUACAGCUCCAUAGAGAGAUAAUUGAUUUCUGUGAUUUCUUAUCGCCAACGCCAGAGGAGCAAGCAUCACGCUAUGCUGCCAUAGAAUCUGUUGUUGAUGUUAUAAAACAUAUCUGGCCCAAAGCUAAGGCAGAAGUUUUUGGUUCGUUUAAGACGGGGCUUUAUCUUCCAUCCAGUGACGUUGAUGUUGUGAUCUUGCAUUCGGAGGUCAGAAGUCCUCAGAUUGGCUUAGUUGCUCUUUCUAGGGCCCUUUCUCAAAAAAGAAUCGCUAAGAAGAUACAGGUUAUAGCAAAGGCUCGUAUACCAAUUAUUAAAUUUGUAGAGAAGAAAAGUGGUGUUUCCUUUGAUAUAAGCUUUGAUGUUCAAAAUGGACUGAAAUCUGCAGAGUAUAUAACUGAUGCUAUAUCUAAAUGGCCACCAUUACGACCCUUGUGUCUGAUUUUGAAAGUUUUUCUGCAGCAAAGAGAGUUGAAUGAGGUGUACACUGGUGGAAUUGGUUCCUAUGCGCUCCUUGUCAUGCUUAUAGCUAUGUUGCAGAGUCAGCAAGAUCGCCAGGCUUCUCCAGAACUAAACCUGGGAGUUCUACUGGUGAACUUUUUUGACAUAUAUGGCCGCAAGUUGAAUACAACUGAUGUUGGUGUAUCUUGCAAUAGGGGAGGCACUUUCUUCUUAAAAAGCAGCAAGGGGUGUUUAGUUAAAGGAAAGCCAUCCGUUAUCGCCAUUGAGGACCCACAGGAUCCAGAUAAUGACAUAGGGAAGAACUCCUAUAACUAUUUUCAGGUCAGAUCUGCUUUUGUCAUGGCUUUCAUGGCGUUGACAAAUGCAAAGGUCAUAAUGGGACUAGGCCACAACAAGAGCAUUCUUGGCAAUAUAAUCAGACCCGAUGCAGUAUUGCUGGAACGGAAAGGAGGAUCUAGCGGAGAAGUGAGAUUUCAGACCUUGCUUCCAGGUGCUGGAGAGCCAUUGCAGCAACAAUUUUCCAACCAGCAGGAGAUUUAUUGUAAUUGGCAGUUAAAUGAUGAUGAGGAACCACUCCCACGUGGAGAUGUGAUUGAGGAUGGUAAUGGCCAAUCCCCGAAAAAGAAGAGAAGGGCUUCCAAGGAGAACAAGUCUUUGAAAAAAGUGAAAGAGAAUACGGUCGAGGGAAGAGACAGACAUGAAGAAAUUGCUUCAAAGGAGAGGAGUGCAAAGAAACCGCGCUGGAGACAUCACCAACAUGGGGGUGAUGGUGACAGACACAGCCAUGGUGGUGGCUCAUCUUAUUCGCAUCAUGCUUAUUAA